UCCGGACCCACCCUGGUCACACAACAAUCAGGGCGCCAGCCAAGGCUUGGGGAUGUAUCAACACCCCCCCCUCCUGGCGUUCAGUGGAAACUCGUUGCUGCUUCUCCCGAUCAAUCCCGCGUGUUUUAAAUCCGGCGCGCUGACUUGCCGUGGGAAAUCGUCCACGACGACUUUGGCAGCCGUCUCCCUUGGGGCGACUCGGUGGAGAGGCGUUGAGGGCGAGGGCUGCCCGGGUUCGAGUCCGGCUUGGGGUGCGUGGGUCUCGGGCCGGAGGGAGGCCUCUUCCCUGCCUCUUCCCGGCCUCUUCCCUGCCGCAGCAGCAGCAGCAGCAAUGAGAUCGCGCGGCUCGCCGCUGGCGGCAACUUCGCGGGCCGGGCCCCGCCAGGCCGCGUGAGUGAGCCGAGGGGCCUCCCACCUCGGCAGGCCCCGCCAGGCCGCGUGAGCGAGCCCGAGGGGCCUCCAACCCCGCGGGGCCUCGCCAGGCCCCGCCAGGCCGCGUGAACGAGCCGAGGGGCCUCCCACCCCGCCAGGCCGCGUGAGCGAGCCGAGGGGCCUCUCACCCCGCCAGGCCGCGUGAGCGAGCCCGAGGGGCCUCCAACCCCGCGGGGCCUCCCCAGGCCCCGCCAGGCCGCGUGAGUGAGCCCGAGGGGCCUCCCUGCCCUCCCCGCCCGGGGCCGCGGUCGCCAUGGACAGGCUGACGGUGGUCGCUGGGCUUCUCUUCCUCGUGGCCGACGUCUUCGCCCUGGCGAGCCUCUUCAACCCCGACUGGAUCAGGACGACGGAGCCGCCAGCGGUGCAGACGCUGGGCCUGUUGCUGCAGUGCGAGCAGCUGCACGGACGGGAGCGCUCGUGCUCGUCACCCCCGCAGCUCCCCGCGCCCUGGAGGGCCACCCUGGCCUUCCUGGCGUGCGGCGUGCUCACACUGUCCACCGCCUGCGUCUCCGUCGGCGUCGCCCGCUGGAGGCCCCGCGGCGUCGUUUACAGCCGUUGGCUCGCCUUCGCCGCCAUGAUCAUGAUGUGCCUGGGCGCGCUCAUCUUCCCCGCCGGGUUCUCCGCGGAGGCGCUGGGCGGCGAGGCCUACAAGCUGCCCGCCAACGCGCAGGUGGGCUCAUCCUACGUGCUCUUCGUGCUCUCCAUCUUCUUCGUCAUCGUGGGGCUGCUGUUCUCCGGCCGCAUCUUCUUCACCGGCCGCCACUGAGCCUGCGCCGGACCGCCCCCCCUCCCGCCCGCCGGCCCCGUCAACGUCGGCGAUGGACGCCCCACCGACCGACGGACAAAUCGGAUGGAGGGGUUUCCGAGCCGCCCUUCUCGCCCAAGCGCCUUAUGCCUCCCUCUCUUCCCGCGGCGUGAUCAACGCCACAACCGCAUGGGCAGUGCCGGUGCCGUUCUCGGCGCAGCUCGCGAGGUGCCGGUUCUGUGUUUUUUUCCACUACCCGAGCCGGGCCGAGCCGCCGUCGUCGAGAGGCGCGUGGCCGGCGACGCCGGCACGUCGUUCUGACCGACCGACCAUUCGCCGCACGCGCAACCAACGCCCCAUCAUCCCCUCACCCGGCGCUGCUCGGCAACGACCCGUCCCGGUGGAGAAACCCACCGGGCCCGAGAGGGCCCCGCGUUGGCUCGGCUCCGGACGUGCCAGCGGAAGAGGGGGCCGCGUUGCGUCCCCAAAGACGCCCCGCCGCCUCUCGCCCGCCUUCCUUCCUACCUCCCUACCUCCCGUGACGCCGGUGCAUGAGCGGGCGAGGUUUCGCCGGAGUCGUGCGGCUUGCCGUGGGGGGGCGCCUGAUGCACACGGACACGGAGGGUGGCGUGGAAAGCAACACACCCGGCCGCCUUUAUCCCAACCCCCCCCCCCGCAUGCCGUUGUUUACACGCUGCCGCCAGGUACUCAUUUUGAAGUCUGGGUCAACCUAGGGUACCUUCAAGAUCCGUUCGAAUUAAUCGCCACCGAUGCCGGCCGUGGGCGGGAAUCGAACUCGGGCGGCCGGGUGUCGCGGGCGCAGCGCGCCAGCUAGCCACUACGCUACCGCUCCCCCUACACACACACGAACACGCACAACAGAGAUCAAAGGUCCCCCCCCCGUAUAGCCUUUAACAGACUGUUGGGGCAAAGCGCUGUUAGCGAGCACCUAUG